AUGUCGCGAAAUAAUCUCCGCCUAGCACUACGCGUGUAUUCUAACCUGCUCAUAUCUAUCUAUCUAUCUAUCUAUCUAUCUAUCUAUCUAUCUAUCUAUCAGCUUCUAAUCUAUCUCUCUCUCUCUCUCUCUAUCUAUCUCAGUUUGUUCAUUAUCUGUCUAUCAGCUUGUUAUCUAUCUAUCUAUCUAUCUAUCUAUCUAUCUAUAUCUGCUUGUUAUUUAUCUAUCUAUCUAUCUAUCUAUGCUUGUUAUCUAUCUAUCUAUCUAUCUAUCUAUCUAUCUAUCUAUAUAUAUAUAUAUAUAUAUAUGCUUGUUAUCUAUCUAUCUAUCUAUCUAUCUAUCUAUCUAUCUAUCUAUCAGCUUGUUAUCUAUCUAUCUAUUUAUCUAUCUUUCAGCUUGUUAUCUAUCUAUCUAUCUAUCUUUCAGCUUGUUAUCUAUCUAUCUAUCGAUCAGCUUCUAGUCUAUCUAUCUAUCUCAGUUUGUUCAUUAUCUAUCUAUCAAUCUAUCUAUCAGCUUGUUAUCUAUCUAUCUAUCUAUCUAUCUAUCUAUCUAUCUAUCUAUCUCAGUCUGUUAAUAUCUAUCUAUCUAUCUAUCUAUCUAUCUAUCUAUCUAUCUAAAUCCAAGGCAUUCCAUUCCCUAUGCCGAUGA